AUAGCAAAUUCAGAUAACAAUUGAAGCAUCGUAGAUGGAAUUUCUUAUUAUUAAGGUUUAUUUUUAUUAAGCAAGUUGUAUGUUGUUGUGGUCAAUGGGACGAGAAUGCGGUGGAAAUUGUUGUCGUAAAUAGUAUAGUGCUAAUAAGUAUCUUGGCUGGAUAAAAAGUGUAGUGUGUUCCAUGACGCUCGCUUUAAGAAACUGUUUGGUGGAGACAUUUUUAAGCCACAUAAGAAGCCUAGCAAUUUAAGUUUCCGUCAUUGUAGAGGUAUACUAAUAGUGAAUAUAGAUCCUGAAGAUCCUGAAUGAAGAUCGUAAAAAAUGAAUGCCAUUCAUUGAGUGACCUAAAACCCACCGCAAUAAAUUAGUCAUUACUGGCCUAACCUUGCGCAUACUCGUAUAUCAAAUGUAUUAAAAAAACAAGAAACAGGAUUAAAUCAAUUUACUGCUCGGAAAAUAAUAUUACGGGCAUUUCAAAAAAAAAAACUAAAACAAUUGUAGCCGCGAUGACAUAAUGUUGCUUGUUACAGCAUUAUUAUUGGUUUAUAUUGCAUCCAAUCCAGUGUGUCUCUGUCUUUUUACAACAGCGCACGUAUGACAUGCGCAAAAAUCGUAAAAACGUAAGAAAAACCUCGUUUAUCGGUGAAGUUUUUUAACAGCUAUUUAGCAUAAAUAUGUUUACAAAUGUUUAACCUACCUGUCGAGAACCCUGCACCAGGAUGUCGGUAAUCGUUAUCGCGACUUGUCGUCAUUGGAACGGUGAGGUUGACGCGACUGAAGUUCAUACAUGAACGUCCACAGAACAACACGUAUUAUUAGUAGAAAAAUCGAAUCAGCGACUCAUGACAAAGUAUCUAAUCGAUAUAAUACGCCCUUCAACGAUAGAGCUAACGCUGUUGUUGAUAAGGACAGCGAUAUAAACAGUUAGUAGAUACACAGUGCAGUGUGAUAAAGUGAUAUUUUGUGAUGAGAAAUAAUGUUCGACAUUAUAACAGUGUGAUCUCAGUAACAACGCUAAGAUUUUGUGUGAUGACAAAAAAUAUUUAAGUGGCUCUUUGAUUGACCUUGCGUCUCUGAACUUUGGACUUAACAAUCUUCUAUAGCAUCUAUGAACUAAGUGCUUAAGGUACAUUUUUCAUUCAUUGGCAAUUAUAGUUCCUUAUAUUGCUGAAAAGAAGUUUAGAGAAGUUUAUUUGAAAAUGCAAAACAUAUAAACAAUGAAAUUGCGAGAAAAGAAGAACCAAUAGUAGAAUUUAAUAACCAACUAUUGUCAUAAAGCGGUUAAGAGUAUGUCUGAGAGUUAACAACAAGCAUUACAUGACAGUGAGAAUUCGCUUAUACCAUUAUAAGUAUAUACCAUCACUAAUGUUGGUGCUAUAAAACUUGUAUUCUCAGGUACAGAUUCAUAAUUACUUGUCAAGACUAUUAUUAAGAGAUAAAGUAAAGAAGUGACACAUGGCAACGAAAGAAUUAUACCUAUAGAUAAAGUUAUCGGUAAAGGUUGGAUAAAAAACAAUAAUUAUUACAGGCAAUGUCAGUUGUUAUAAAUUUGGUGGUUGAUGGAAGAAAAGUCUGAAGGAGUCGAUAAUUUACCAAUAGAUCGGUCAGUUUACAGAAAUACUUGACAAGAAUAUUAUUAUAAAAUAGACGCUGAGAGGUGACCUACUUGUGAAGGAUCACAUUGAGACGUGGAGAAUUCACCGAUAGAUAGAGUUAUCGGUAAAGUUUGCAUAAAGAACAAAUAUCAAAGUCACUAGAAGUGAGCUGUUAUAAGUAGGUAGAGUUUGUGUAGACGAUGUAUAUGCGCGUGAGUGUGUCGUGGAAGUGGGUGGUGCUGUGGUCGCUGUGGGCUGCACGAGUGGUGCGGCAGCCCACGGCGGAGCUGCGCGUGAGCAACGGGCUGCUGCGGGGGUCCGUAGCGCACGACGGCUCGCACCUGCACUACCACGGGAUACCCUAUGCUACCGUUGGCCCUGAACAUAGGUUUAAGGCACCGGGUCCGGAGCCAACGUGGGAAGGUGUGUUCGACGCGAUAGAUGAAUAUGUACAAUGUCCGCAACGACUCGCAGGACAAACUGUUGUUGGGCAAGAAAACUGUCUUGUACUUAACGUGUAUACUCCUCUACACGCAAAUCCUGAUUCCCGAUUACCCGUUAUGGUGUUCAUCCACGGAGGAGGUUUCUUCCAUGGAUCCGGUUCUAAAAUCAUAUACGGUCCAGAAUAUUUGGUAGCAAAAGAAGUCAUUCUCAUCACUAUAAAUUACAGACUCAACAUACAAGGUUUCUUAUGUCUACGAACCGAAGAUGCGCCGGGUAACGCUGGCAUGAAAGACCAGGUAGCGGCCCUCAGAUGGGUUCAAAGAAAUAUUGAAGCGUUCGGAGGCGACCCUGACAAUGUGACAUUAUUUGGAGAAUCAGCAGGUGCAGCGUCCGUAUCGUAUCAUCUCCUUUCACCAAUGACUAAAGGUUUAUUCCAUAAGGCGAUCAUACAAAGUGGAUCAUCUCUAGCCCCUUGGGCUUAUCAGCUCAGGCCUGUGUAUAUGGCCAGUUUACUUACCAAAACUAUGGGGUACAAAACUGAGGACCCCAAGGAAUUGUAUCAAAUUAUAAUGAACAAGACUGAUGAAGAAUUGAUUAUCACGAGAGUACCGAGGAAGGAAGGCAAUUUAAUUGUGUCUGAAGUUUUAUACGCUCCUUGUACGGAGGAGGUAAUAGAUGGCGUAGAGCCGUUCCUAACAGAAAUACCAUAUGAAGCGCUGUCUAAAGGGAAAUUCAACAAAGUACCUCUGAUCAUUGGCGCAAACAGCGAGGAGGGAUUGCUUUUCGCUAGGAGGGAAAAUGAUACGACAAUACCAAAGAUUUCAUUUGAAAAGUCCUUGCCGAAAGAUAUAGUAAUACAUUCUGAGAGCGAAAGAAAAGCAGUGGCAGCGAAGGUGUAUGAACUUUACAUGGGUGAUGAUGAAGUAUCCAGUGAAACCAUUCUGAAGCUUUCAAGGCUUCAUGGAGAGCUGUACUUUAACUUGCCAAGUGUAUUUGAGACGGAAUAUAUUCUAAACAGUACGGAUCAGCCGGUGUACAACUAUUUCUUUAACCAUAGUGGUUGGAGGAACCUUGCGAAGGCGACACUUGGAGGUCCUUUUAAUCAAGUGGCGGGCGCGACGCAUGCUGACGAAUUGUUUUACUUGUUUAAGUCGCUAAAGGUGUCUCUGACACUAUUUGAGAACGAAAUGAUUGACACUAUGACUACUUUAUGGACGAACUUUGCUAAGUAUAGUAAUCCGACGCCCGCAGCUGCGUCCCUGGACUUCUCCUGGCCGCCCAGCUCGCCCCACUCCCUACACGCGCUGGUGCUGGGCUCUGCGCACACGCAGCCGCUGUGGCACACACCCUCGCUUCACUACUGGCGGGAACUCUACCACAAAUACAGGCGGAAACAUUAUUAGAUUGAGGAACAAAUUGUUGUGAUAUUUAUUAUUAAAUUAUUUUUAGAAUUUUU